GGGAGGCGGCCCUAGCGCCAUUUUGUGGGCACGGAGCGGUAGCUCGGCUUGUCUCGGGCUUCUCGCUGUCUCAGUUUCCUCGUCGUGCUUCCUAGCAGCGGCCUAGUGGAAAAUUAAGCAAAGAUGUCUGAAUAUAUUCGGGUAACAGAAGAUGAGAACGACGAGCCCAUUGAAAUACCAUCAGAAGAUGAUGGAACAGUAUUGUUGUCCACAGUUACAGCCCAGUUUCCGGGGGCAUGCGGCCUGCGCUACCGCAAUCCAGUGUCUCAGUGUAUGAGAGGUGUCCGGCUGGUGGAAGGAAUUCUGCAUGCCCCAGAUGCUGGCUGGGGCAAUCUGGUAUAUGUUGUCAACUAUCCCAAAGAUAACAAAAGGAAAAUGGAUGAGACGGAUGCUUCCUCAGCAGUGAAAGUGAAAAGAGCAGUCCAGAAAACAUCUGAUCUAAUAGUGUUGGGUCUCCCCUGGAAAACAACAGAACAAGAUCUUAAAGACUAUUUCAGUACUUUUGGAGAGGUUCUUAUGGUUCAGGUCAAGAAAGAUCUUAAAACUGGUCACUCAAAAGGGUUUGGCUUUGUUAGAUUUACGGAAUAUGACACCCAAGUGAAAGUAAUGUCACAAAGACAUAUGAUAGAUGGGCGAUGGUGUGACUGUAAACUUCCGAAUUCUAAGCAAAGCCCAGAUGAACCUUUGAGAAGCAGAAAGGUUUUCGUUGGGCGUUGUACAGAGGACAUGACUGCUGAAGAGCUUCAACAGUUCUUUUGUCAGUAUGGAGAAGUGGUAGAUGUCUUCAUUCCCAAACCCUUCAGGGCUUUUGCCUUUGUUACCUUUGCAGAUGAUAAGGUUGCCCAGUCUCUUUGUGGAGAGGAUUUGAUCAUUAAAGGAAUCAGCGUGCAUAUAUCCAAUGCUGAACCUAAGCAUAAUAGCAAUAGACAGUUAGAAAGAAGUGGAAGAUUUGGUGGUAAUCCAGUUCAUCUCAUUUCAAAUGUUUAUGGAAGAAGCACUUCAUUGAAAGUAGUGCUGUAAAUAUUCUGCCAUAGGAAUACUUCUGUCUCCAUGCUUUCUCAUCCAAGAACUCGUCAUCACGCUGCACAGGCUGCGUCUUUGACGGUGGGUGUUCCAUUUUUAUCCGCUACUCUUUAUUUCAUGGAGUCGUAUCAACGCUAUGAACGCAAGGCUGUGAUAUGGAACCAGAAGGCUGUUUGAACUUUUGAAACCUUGUGUGGGAUUGAUGGUGGUGCCGAGGCAUGAAAGGCUAGUAUGAGCGAGGAAAGGAGAGAGCGCGUGCAGAGACUUGGUGGUGCAAAAUGGAUAUUUUUUAACUUGGAGAGAUGUGUCACUCAAUCCUGUGGCUUUGGUGAGAGAGUGUGCAGAGAGCAAUGAUAGCAAAUAACGUACGAAUGUUUUUGCAUCAAAGGACAUCCACAUCUGUUGGAAGACUUUGAGUUUUGUUCUUAGAAAACCCACUUUAGUUGAAUGUGUUAAGUGAAAUACUUGUACUUCCCUCCCCCUCUGUCAACUGCUGUGAAUGCUGUAUGGUGUGUGUUCUCCUCUGUUACUGAUCUGGAAGUGUGGGAACGUGAACUGAAGCUGAUGGGCUGCGAACAUGGACUGAGCUUGUGGUGUGCUUUGCAGGAGAACUUGGAAGCAGAGUUCACCAGUGAGCUCAGGUGUCUCAAAGAAGGGUGGAAGUUCUCAUGUCUGUUAGCUACUCAUAAGAAUGCUGUUUGCUGCAGUUCUGUGUCCUGUGCUUGGAUGCUUUUUUAUAAGAGUUGUCAUUGUUGGAAAUUCUUAAAUAAAACUGAUUUAAAUAAUAUGUGUCUUUGUUUUGCAGCCCUGAAUGCAAAGAAUUCAUAGCAGUUAAUUCCCCUUUUUGACCCUUUUGAGAUGGAACUUUCAUAAAGUUUCUUGGCAGUAGUUUAUUUUGCUUCAAAUAAACUUAUUUGAAAAGUUGUCUCAAGUCAAAUGGAUUCAUCACCUGUCAUGCAUUGACACCUGAUACCCAGACUUAAUUGCUAUUUGUUCUUGCAUUAUCCAAAGUGAAAGUUUUUCCAUGGGUUGUUUUGUUUUUAAUCUAGUUUUUCAUAAGUCUGGGUGACAGAACCUAAAAUGGUAAGCAGUUACCCUUCAGCUUGUUCUGAGUGCAUCCGUGCAUUUGAGUGAUUUCUGUUGACCUGGCUGUGUAAACCUCCAUUGGGAAGUCAUGCCUUCUAAAACUAUUUGGGGGGUGGGGCAAAACGGUUGUUUUCAAAUGUAUUGUAGCAGAGCAUUAUCAAUGGAAAAGAAGGGGUGAUAAGCAUCUUUUAUUUGGGGAUUUGAAAAGUGGAAUUAAUUGCAAUAGGCAUGAAGUAGAAGAAACCAAGAAACCGUGUGCCUGAAAUUCAUUAAGAAGCCUGAUAGCUUUAAGAACUAAUAGGGUGGGUUGUCUAUCUCUGGCAGUCUUAAGUGAGGUGGGCUCUUAUCCUCGGGUGUGGGGGCCAUAUAGUGACGAACAAAUCCGCUCACAAAAUCAGAUUAGGCUCUCAAUGCAUUGUUAAGAAUGUAAAAGCAAUAAUAAUACCUUGUUUAUUGUACUUUUCCUGUAAAAAUACUGAGAACUGGGGAGCUCCUUUUCUAACUGGAAAGAUGUGACCAUUUUUUUGUUGAUAGUUUCCCUAAUGCCCUUACCUAAAUAGAUUAUGAUAAAUAGGUUUGUCAUUUUGCAAGUUGCGUGUUUUAAAAUUUUAUAUCCUUUAGAGAGUUGUUAUGCACACAGUGUUUCAUUAUUCAGUAUCCUCUGUAAAGGGAUCUUGAGUUAUUGUAAAUUUUUUUCUCUGCAUGAUUUCCAAACCCUGUACAUCUGAAUUUUGCAUUUUAGCACUUGCACUAUUACUCAGCAGCAGUAACAUGGUAACAUUAAAAUGGUUUUCGGGGACCUCCAAAGACUAAACUGGCAAGCCGUCCAGGAGUCCUGGGGUAAGUUACUUGUCGAUAGCAUGGUUUUGAUCCCUUGUUUGCACUUGUUAAAGAGUUACUGGUCAUAGAAGGCUUUCAAUGUUGAGUAGCCUUUUAACAUGUUUAUGGUAUGACAUAGCUGUAGAUAGUUAUUUGCCCUAAAUGAAGUUUCAGAAAUAAACUACUUGGCAAAGA